AUGAAGAAGGACUUGCAUAUGGUUUUCAUUGACAUAAAGAAAGCCUAUGACAAAGUCACGAGAGAGGUUCUAUGGAGAUGUUUGGAGGCUAAAGGAGUGCAUGUAAUGUAUAUUAGAGUGAUACAUGACAUGUAUGAUGGCGCUAAGACACGGGUUAGGACAACAGGAGGAGACUCUGAAUACUUUCCGGUUACGAUGGGGUUGCAUCAAGGAUCAACACUUAGCCCGUUGUUGUUUUCCUUGGCAAUGGAUGCAUUGACGCGACACAUUCAAGGGGAGGGGCCUUGGUGCUUGUUAUUUGCGGAUGAUAUAGUCCUGAUUGAUGAGAGGCAAGGUAGUGUUAAUGAGAGGCGGGAGGUCUGGAGACAUACUCUUGAGUCUAAAGAUUUCAAGUUGAGCAGGACCAAGACAAAAUACUUGGAGUAUAAGUUCAGCGGUGUUACCGAGGAAGCGGACGGGGAUUUGAGGCUUGACACGCAAGUCAUUCCCAGAAGAGAGAGUUUCAAGUAUCUGAGGUCUAUAAUUCAUAAGGAUGGGAAGAUUGAUGAGGAUGUCAUACAUUGUAUCGGAGCAGGGUGGAUGAAGUGGAGGCUCGCUUCCGGUGUCUUGUGCUAUAAGAAUGUGGCGUUGAGACUUGAGGGUAAGUACUACAAGGUAGUGGUUAGACUGACUAUGUUGUAUGUGGCAGAGUGUUAG